AGCUGUUGAGAAAUUGGCGAGGCCCUUCCUGUCUGUCUGUUCUUUAUUUAAGUUGCUGACCCUAGAGCUCCGGGGGCAGAAGAGCUGGUGAGGUAGAUUUUUGUCAGACCGUUUUCCUUCCCCUGUUCCGAACUGAAUGAUGGCCGGUCGGAUAAAGAGCCGGAGGACUCUGAGUCUCCUGAUCCUCCUCAGCCUCCUCAGCCUCACUGAACUAUUUGAGGUGAAAGAUGAUGAGUGGGAGGAGCUCGGCCCCGACAUCGCUGCCCUGCACCGCCUCAGAGGACUGUCUGAACACAUGUUUCACGAAAGGCUCCAGAACGCUUCAGACCAAAGGGUGGACGUUGACCAAAGUUUGCAGCAGUGUGAGGAGGGGUUUACAUCCUGUGACACUCAGAUAAAACAGCACGUUGAUGACCAGAAGAUACAAGUCCAGCAGGAGUACAGCAUGGAUCCUCAUUACUCAGUAAUAGUCAGCAAAGAAUGCCUGUUCAAUGUCUCAUGUGUCCCAGAAGCAGACAGCGACACUGUAGUGAAGAUAUUUGGAAGAGUUUCAGAAGAUGGACAAACUGUGUCUGGCCUUAAAGCAGUCUUAGAAACAAAGCAGGGGAAUCACCAGAUCUACCAGGUCAUGAAUCAACCUGACUCAGUUUCUCGCUACCAAAUCCCACAAAGAGCGGUUGAUCAUAGCACACAGUAUGACCACCAGCAGAUCCUCAUUAUGCAGGAUGACCCUACUGUCAGAAAAGCUGCUACUUCUCUUUAUGAGAAACAUCCAGCAGUUACCUCUGUCUACGUUCUUGAUCAAAACCAGAGACCCAAACUGAUCCAGGGUGCCUCUGUGCCUCUGUCAGAGGACAGCAGACUGACGCUGGUAGGCCACGGCGAGAGAGACACCUCUGGAGAGACGAGACUGGCAGGGUACACGGCUCAAGACGUCGCCAAAAUCAUUCAACGAACCUUCAGGACGGGCGAUAAAAUCAAAACAACAAGUGUGGUGGCCUGUGAGGUCGGAUCAGAUAAAGAGUUUGUUGAAACCCUGCUGAGGGAGCUCCGUGAGACCGCCAACAUCGAGACAGAGCUGCACCUCAGGAGUGCUGUGCUGCAGGUCAGACACACAGGAGAGAUCAUCACCCAGGAGAUCUCUAAGGAAGGGCUGCGAUGGAGACAUAAUGAUGAUAGCAAGAAGGUGGUGGCAACCCUCGAUAGGAACGGAGACGUAAUUAUCAGAACUGAGCCUGGCAGGAGAGGAGAGGUAGUUUUUACUAAUGAGAGAAACUUUCUAAUGCCCCCAAAAAAGAACACACAAAAAAACCCUGGCGGUAAAGGAGAGGCAAGUAAUACUCAAGUUACCUACAGAAACAGCUGGCCUGAUAAGCCACAGAGAUUUAUUGACCAGAAUGUUUUUGGCAAGUUAAGUCGUGAUGACCAAACUGCUAUUAAUGAACUUGAAGCUCUGUCCUGGGGCUUCUUUCAUGCAGACCUGCCACUUCCACAAAAAGUAAACACAGAAAACCUGAACCUAAACCAGAAUUAUGUAAUAGGGGUAAAAAACACAGUAAAUAAGCAGCUGUCUGGUAUUCAGUGGAAAACAGAGCAGCAGGACCUAAAGAAUAUUCUUUCCAAGUGUUAUGUGAUUAACACAGGAAAAGAUGUCAGAAGUAUCAUCCGUCAUUAUGCAAUGACUGGAGAAAAUGAGCCCACAUACCUGAUGGUCAAAGACUGGAUAUACGUUGUUGAUCCUGUAAGUCUGUAUGUGUAUCCAGUUGGAAAAAAGCUUGACAACAAUCAAAGAGAAAAUGUCAGCCAAAGGAAUGAAGUCAAGAAACGUAUUGAGGGACAGACUGACAGAGUGGAUUACAGAAACCUUCGAGGUGAAAUUAAAAAAACAACAUAUGCUAAUUAUGUGAAAGAUAUUUUCCUUGGAGAGCAAACUUACCUACAGCUAAAAGAUGAGCCCUGGUACACCACAUAUUUCACUGCAUCAGUUAUAGCUGAAUCUGCCCGAAACUUCCGGACAUUUCCUCUCAUUCUUAUGGCCGUGGAAAUGGUUGAAAACCCGGCCAACAAAGACGAAGGAGAGAAUUUUCUUUUUGAAGAGCAUUCAAUGGCAACAGGAGGUAGUUGGAUUAACAAGGACCUACGUGGAUUUAAAGGCUCAGCAACACCUGAAGUUUCCAGCAAACCAACUGCUUCCUCUAGUAUAAAGUCUCCCCUUGAAGAAGUCAUAGGCAGAGAAGUCAAACUGUAUCAAUCGUGGAUAAUCACAAAAGAUACCCACGAAUUAAAUGAUGAAAAGGUACGUGAGAUUGCACAACAUUUCCAGUUAACUGAAGGUGAUCCAGUUAAAAAUUACAACGAUUUCAAAACCAAAAUACAUUAAAACAGUGGAGCUUCAGCAUCUGGCCAAUAAAGAGGCUACAAUGACGGCUACGCAACUUUCCAAGACCUAAAAUCUGCCUUCAAGUUGGAGAAUUCCUUUAAACUUGAAUCAUAUUUCAACAAAUCCACAAUCAGAUAAAGACAACAUGGUGACACAGAGCUGGACCUCCAGGAGGGCAGCGCCAGAAUAAAGAACUGACUGUUCAGAUUACUGUUCUCAAAUGGUUCAUAAUCAAAUCAUCUGUGACAAUCAUUUUAAGAUUCCUUUAUCAUUUGUUCUUGGAAAUAAAAGCAUUCAAAUUAUUA